CAAAGCGGUGCAUAAUACAGCUCUUAAUGGACUCUUUUGUUAUUAUUUACUUUGUAUUUACUCGUAUAAUACCAACACAACUGCUUUGGACACAUGUUCUGACAAGCGUGUACGGCAUUGAGUGUAUAAAACUAAGCUUUGGUCCCCGGAUGGCUGAAUAGAGUAGAACAAUCCAGUAGAGAGAGAGGGGGAGAGAGAGCGAGCGAGAGAGAGUGGACGACCCAAACACGGACGGUUAGCAGACAACUAUCCAACAACGACGGCCUGACAGCCAUUUAAUCACCUAUUUAGAAGAGAAAAAAAUGUGACGAAGUGAGAAGAACACCUUUCCGAGGACUGUCGGAAGCACAUGACAACUUCGGCCGCCGUGAGAGGCGCGACAUGGCAUCUCAGUCGAGUACAUACAAUGAAGAAAGGAACCGUCUUCGCCUCCGUGCAUGGGAACAGAGGAACCAAGAAACAAGCCAAGCCAAAGAACUCAACUCUGAGAACGUGCCGCUCUUUGGGGUACCGUACAAGACAAACAAAGGGGAUGAGCUUUCCAAUCGAAUCCAGGGGAUGCUUGGCAGUUAUGAAGAUGUGAAUAAUCCAUAUCCCUUUGCUAUUGAGCCAUUGGCCAUUCCUACUUGUGUAACCUUCUCACACUCAGAUCAGGGUCCGCCAAACACAGAUAAACCAACCAAGCCUCCAUUCCAUAACCAAAUCCAGUACGUGUCCACCCAAAGUCAGAAAGCCUCAUCUAGUAACAUUUACAACUCUCAGCCCGUGAGGACGUCCACUGCCUCUUCUCCUAAUCAUCAUGGACAUUCAUCCACUUUCUCAAAUGCUUCUUUGAACCACAGUCAGCUCAGCAUCUCGGCGCAUCAACAAAAGAGGAGUGAAGCCCACUCGGAUCUCAGGGAGUGUGUCAGCCUUUCCCAUGAAAUGUCUUCCCAGUCUCCUGAUGCUGAGCUGCCCCCUUUCCCACAUUCCAGUGACCAUGAUAACAAUGACAAGGACAUGGAUGUUUCCACUUUUAAUCUAAAACAGUCCCCCAACGAUGCGUCUCUGUCCCAAGCAAACAAGGGUAAUGCGCUACCUUCCCAGACCUUCCCUUCACUCCUCUCGUCAAAGCAGCCCAGUGUAGUCAUGACCAAGAAGCCAACAGCGUAUGUGCGGCCCAUGGAUGGUCAGGACCAGGUGGUCAGCGAGUCACCUGAGCUGAAGUCUUCACCAGAGCCAUAUGUACCUCUACCUGAGUUAAUCAACAAAUCCGAUCUAGGCAAAAUGAAGAUACUGCCACCAUUUCUGGAGACGAGGUCAAGUGAAGCUCUAUGUGUCGAGGACAUCUUGAGGGAAAUGACCCACUCGUGGCCCCCUCUCCUGACAGCUAUACAGACACCUAGUCCAGAUGAACCCUCCAAGUCCCUGUUCCAAGCCAAGGAAGCAGAGCGUGUCUCUUCUUGUCCAGGAAAAAAAAACUAUGAGACUUCUCCUGCAGAUCCAUCCCAGCUCAUCCAGCAGAGCUCCUCGGCUUCAUUUGAAGUGGCACAUUCCAGAGUAGAGUCCGCCAGCUCCAGCGAUUCAGAGAGUAGCUCAAGAUCAGAGUCGGAGAGUGAAGGCACCAUCGAGGAGCCAGCUCGGCUCCCUGUGAGUAACUUAAACGUCAAAACCGAGCCUGAUGCUCCAGCAGUGACACAUGGUGAUUGGCAGUUGGGGAACUGGAUUCGGUCCAGCCAGCAGAACGCCGGCACUGACAGCCAAAGUGGUGCACACGCCGCCGAGGGACCUGCUCACAAACGGCCGCCGCCCACUCAUAGCUCAAAGCUCUUAGCCAGCGUAGAGGUCGUCGACCCCACCAGGGCGUCCAAACCUCAGCUUUCAACUCACCAGAGAGAGUUCACUGAUCGGGUUGCAAAGCUCCAGCAGCGCAGCGAAAACCCUCAGGACAACUAUAACCAUCAAAUUAGCCCAAUAUCCCCCUUUGGUGAUUCGAACAGCUGUAGCAGUUCCAGAAAGCUUUCAUUGAACAAGCGAUCGUCAAUACCAGAGAAGGCAGUUUGCCUAGAUCGCGCUGAAGCAGCUAUCAGUGUAAAGUGUGAGGAAGUUGUCGCCACGCAAGACAAAGACCCCAGUUUCACAGAUGGACCCAAGGUAAAGACGAAAACAGGACAUGGCAAGAAAAGCAAGGAUAAAAGUGACACUAAAAGAGACGGUAAAAGGACUUCUAAACGCACGUCCCUUGACAAACGGAAGGCUGGAGACGAGCCUGAAGUCCCAGUGGUCCUGUGUGGUCAUUGUCCAUUAUGUGGUGUGCAAUAUCCUAUGCGCUGCUCCUGCCCCACCCAAAGUCAUGCUCAGCCCGACCUGCUGUCUCCAGUCCGACUACUUAGAAUCAGUAGUAGCAAAGAAAAGUCUGAGUCCAAGCUUCCUCACAAAACAACCCACAAGAACUCAGAGAAGACUAGACAGAUAGCCAAGAGUUCUCGUGACCCCCACAGGCCUUCUAGAUCUCUACUGGUGAAGAUUGAUCUAAGACUGAUCUCAAGAGUGCCCCCGACCCUGGAAAACCACCAGGAGAUCCCCGGCCUUGCAAAGAGACCAGCACUGGUCAUAGAGCAAGAUGGAGGGGGCCAGGAUGCUUCUACUACACACAAACUCGCCAAAACCAGUGCAAAGAGUAAACCUAAAAAUGUUGAGGUAGUCAAUGCAACUCUUCCCAAGAAGAAACAGAGGCUGGAAAACAAGAAUACCUCAUCAAAUCGUGCUUCUGUCAAACUGGAACGUCCCUGCAAUUCAAAAGAUGACCGAGAGCAAAAGAAGGCAAAGAAAACCCCUGUUCCUCUGCAGCAGCCCCUGACACCCAAAGACCCCGCUAAAGGCCCAAAGGUGCACAAACGCAGUUUUGGGGAAACGCAGGAGUCCAGUAAGGAGGGUGUAAAGCGCAAGGACUCGAGCACAAAGCACAAGAAGAGCAGUGGAAAGCACACGGAGCACCCACACGUUGAAAAGAAGCCACCAAAGAGCAGCUUCGACAUCCCAUCAUCUUCACAGGCCACCAGGGAAUCUUUGAGCAACAGGCCCUUGUUCAGAUUAGAGGAGAGGCAGUAUCCAGUAAAGCAUUACAUAAAGGAGGCCAAAAAACUGAAGCACAAAGCCGAUGCAGAGUCCGAUAAGCUCAGUAAAGCUUUCAACUACUUGGAUGCGGCCAUGUACUUUGUUGAAAGUGGCAUUGCCAUGGAAAAAGAUCCACACAUUUCAAUGUCUUCCUACACUAUGUUUGCAGAGACAUUGGAACUGCUCAAGUUUGUACUGAAACUUAAACAUUCAGUGGACGUCUCUGCUUCACCUUCAGAAAAGGACUUUUUAUCUUUGUGUCUGAAGUGCCAGUCUCUGCUGCAGAUGGCCAUGUUUCGCAACAAACAAAAAAUUGCACUCAAGUAUUCAAAGACCCUCACUGAACACUUCAGUAACUCAACAACUCACAAUCCCUCUGCAGUAACAUUGAAAGUGACAGACACCCCCCCGUCCUACACCCCCAACAUGCCGUCUCCAGCCAACACCUCCAGCAGCUCCGGUCCCGGCUCCAACCUCAGCGUCAGUGGGUUGGCUGUGGACCCAGUCGGAAGCACCGUGCUAGUUCCCCAGGCCAUUGGGCAGGUGGCGUUCACCUACGUCAACAUCACAAUGUUAUUCUUGAGCGCUCACGACAUCUGGGAGCAGGCGGAGGAGCUCGCACAAGGAGGCAGCGGCAUGCUGACAGAGCUGGACACGGUUAUCGGCCCAUUGAGCCUCACGUCCAGUAUGAGCUCUAUGGUCGGCUAUACGAGGCAGGGCGUCCACUGGCUGAGGCUGGACAGCCACAAGGUAAAGUGACCAACAACCUUCACUUCACCUCGGUGUGUUACGCUCUGAUACCGACCUGGACUGCCCCUCAGGCUCGUGCCACUUUUCUCCUUUUCUCAUGAACUCAUCUCGUCGACAAAGAAAGACGAACGUCUCACGCGAUGCGUGUUCUUGAGGAUGCCACACUGAACAUUGCACUUGUUAUUUAUUGUUUCCACUUCGGUGUCUCUCACUUCCUCUCUUGCACUUUUAUGACAUAGGUUUCAUCUGCUGUGAUCCACUUCUUUCAUGUUGUAGUUAGUCGGUCGUUGUGUUGGAAUCGUUUGUGAAUCACAACUCUAUAUUCAGGACGGCCGGGCAUGAAAUAUAACCCAAAGUGCCAUUUGGCACCAGAAUCCUCCCCCUGCCUUAUCAUGUGGUCGUGUUGCUAGUUCUGGCACUGUUGCCAGAUUUGUUAUCAUCAGUUUUGUUAAUAAUACCAUAAGGCAUCAUAAUCAUUGUUCAAAUGUAUCAUGAGUUCUGUUUAAUUUCUCUUGAGGAGAGAUUAAAUUUCCCUGUGCAGUCCGAAAGAUCUGUUUUGAUUUGGAGUCAGGGAAUUUGUAUUUUUUCCUAAAUACAGCAUAUUAUUUCUCCGUCAAAUCAGUGACGUCAUUUCUUAUAAUAUUUCUACUUUGUAGGAUGUAGAGAUAAAACAUCGGGGUGUUGUUGCAAAAGGGCCAGAUAACGGACAAUCAUUUUCAGGUUUUCAAAGAAUGUUGCCAUGGUUACGCGGCUCUGGUUGGAUCGAAAACACACCGCAAUAAUAUUAAUAAAAAUACAAAAUACUGAUUAAACAUUUUCCCUCCCAGAACUGAAUACAUGUAGGUUAAAUUAUGAAUAGUAUAUUGAGUGUUUUUCAAAACCAAGAACAAUCUGGACGUGAUUGGCGUGAUGAGGAAGUUAGAAACCUCUGGGGACUUUCAGGGGAGACUAGCUGCGUUCAGUUUUUGAUGAAUAAAGACAUCAUUGUGAUUCAGGUGUAACUGUUGAAUCUGUGACAUUUUAAGCCAUUUCUUGGUGAUCAUCUCGACUCUCGUCUCUCUAACACCUGAGAGCCGAGGGACGAGUUCGUCAGACCAAAGAACAUUCGAUUUUAUUCUCGUCAUCCUGUUUAAUAAUUGCACGCGUGCUCUCCAUCAUUAAUGAGUUAUACGAGCAUCAAAGUUCACUCGACAUCUUAACUACUUGAAAGAACAAAAAAAAAAAGGAGGGUGAGAGGUGGACGUCGUCGUUCACGUUGGCCGUGUUUGUGAGUUUGAGUUCUCUUUCGAGUGUCGUGGGACCAGCACCGUCUUUCAAAUACAAUAGUGCCCCUUUUUUAGUUUCUGCACCAGGACGCUGCGUUCCUUUGUUUCCUAAAUCUGUGGGAGUAGAAUUAAAAAGGCCAAACUAUAUCUAAAUAAAGAAUGCACUUUGAGUAAUUGUAGUUUUAAUUUCGGAGCAUUACUGGACACCGUGUCCCAGAGGCUGGCGGGACUGUGCUCCUCUUUUCUCUUGUUCAUGGCAAUAAAAAGCAUCAUUUUUUUUUUUUUUUUUUUGGUUACAAUGUUUUUAGUGAGGUGUUGAUGUAGUUAUUACAGUUUCACAGGGGAUACAAAAAGUAAUGGGUAUGAAACGUUGAUAACCGUUGCUUUAGAAUAUCCUGUUGACACGAGUCCCGUUGUGAUUGAAACGUUUCGUUUGUUCAUUCAGUCGGCACGACUUAAAAGGGCUAAACGAGGAUCACGAAAGUGUUCCUGACUUUAUUUUCUCACAUGUAUGAUAAAGUGAUAUUUUUUUAAGUAAGGAGCGAGUACACUGGUGCCAUGGCAUUUUGAGAUUAUUUUUCUGUACCAAUCAGGCUUCUGUAGAAAUGAUCUUUAAUGUUUUCGCACUGCACAAAAGGUCAUUCAUAAAAAAAAGAAGUGCAACUUCAUCUGUUGUCUUUUGCAACUUGUGGCUUUCUUUCCAUCAUCCUCGAUUGCUGGUGCUUCAUUUAUGAAUUACUCUGCAACAAGUUUACACUUCUUGACAAAUAAUUAUUUACUGGAAAAAUGUUUAGAAACAUGUUUUGUGAAAUAUGUAAAGAAUUUGUGUUGCAGUGUACGAAGAUGAAUAAACACUGGAAAU